GAAGAUGAAGUAGAGCUCUGACCAUGGACCAUGACGCCCCCACGAUCAGGCCCCGCCGCAUCCAGAACCAGAAUGUUAUCCACCGCCUGGAGCGCCGCCGGAUCAGCUCAGGCAAAGCUGGCACCCACUGGCACCAAGUCCGUGUCUUCCACCAGAAUGUCUUCCCCAACUUCACUGUGGUCAAUGUGGAGAAGCCACCCUGCUUCUUGCGCAAGUUCUCCCCUGACGGCCGCUACUUCAUCGCCUUCUCCUCUGACCAGACCUCUCUGGAGAUCUACGAGUAUCAAGGCUGCCAGGCAGCAGAAGACCUCCUGCAAGGCUACGAGGGAGAGAUCCUGGCCAACGGCAAUGACCAAAGAUCUGUCAACAUCCGGGGGCGGCUUUUUGAACGCUUCUUUGUCCUGCUCCAUAUCACCAACGUGGCCUCCAACGGGGAGCACUUGAACCGCGAGUGCAGCUUGUUCACUGACGACUGUCGCUAUGUGAUCGUCGGCUCUGCUGCGUACCUGCCCGAGGAGCCUCACCCUCCCUUCUUCGAGGUUUACCGCAACAGCGAGUCGGUGACACCUAAUCCCCGGUCUCCCUUGGAGGAUUAUUCCUUGCAUAUCAUAGACCUCCACACAGGCAGACUCUGCGACACACGGACUUUCAAAUGUGACAAAGUCAUCCUGUCUCACAACCAGGGGCUGUACCUCUAUAAGAACAUCUUGGCCAUUCUCUCUGUGCAGCAACAGACUAUUCACGUCUUUCAAGUAACACCUGAGGGUACGUUCAUCGACGUACGGACUAUUGGCCGCUUCUGCUAUGAGGACGAUCUUCUGACUUUGUCUGCAGUGUACCCUGAGGUGCAGCGGGACACUCAGACGGGGAUGGCCAAUCCCUACAAAGAGCCCUUUAUAAACUCUUUGAAGCACAGGCUGCUGGUGUACCUGUGGAGAAGGGCUGAGCAGGACGGAAGUGCAAUAGCAAAAAGAAGGUUCUUCCAGUAUUUCGAUCAGUUGAGGCAGCUCCGCAUGUGGAAGAUGCAGCUUUUGGAUGAGAACCAUCUAUUUAUCAAAUACACUAGCGAAGAUGUGGUCACGCUACGGGUGACAGAUCCUUCCCAGCCUUCGUUCUUCGUCGUGUACAACAUGGUGACUACAGAAGUGAUUGCUGUAUUCGAGAAUACGUCCGAUGAGCUGCUGGAGCUGUUUGAGAACUUCUGUGACCUCUUCAGGAAUGCAACCCUCCACAGUGAGGCGGUCCAGUUUCCCUGCUCAGCUUCCAGCAACAACUUUGCCAGGCAGAUCCAGCGCCGGUUCAAAGACACUAUCGUGAAUGCCAAGUAUGGAGGGCACACAGAGGCCGUGCGGAGGCUGCUGGGCCAGCUCCCGAUCAGCGCCCAGUCGUACAGUGGCAGCCCGUACCUCGACCUCUCCCUUUUCAGCUAUGAUGACAAAUGGGUGUCAGUCAUGGAGCGGCCCAAGACCUGCGGUGAUCACCCUAUAAGAUUUUACGCUCGUGAUUCUGGCCUCCUGAAGUUUGAGAUCCAGGCGGGACUCCUGGGGCGACCCAUCAAUCACACAGUGCGACGCCUGGUUGCCUUCACCUUCCACCCCUUCGAGCCCUUUGCCAUCUCGGUGCAGCGCACUAACGCAGAGUAUGUGGUUAACUUCCACAUGAGGCACAGCUGCACGUAG